AUGGACGCUGAGUCUAUCGCCCAGCUCCGUAAACUCGGAGACCUCAUCAACUCGUCCAUUGAGACGGUCAUCAAACUCAAUGGCGCAACCAAGGGAGAUAUGCCGGCGAAGCCCCUAUUCGACGCUCAGCGCGCUCUCCUCGCCGCCUCCGGCAAACUGACGGAACUGAUAAGCCAACCGAGCGUGCGCAUCAUGGAAGUCUCGUCCCAGUACUUUGAGGCUAGGUGCUUGCAUAUUGUAGUCGAUAAGCGGAUCCCCGACAUCCUCGCUCGAGCUGGCAAGGCCGGAGUGCAUGUUGAGGAGAUCAGCAGAAUCGUUGGCAUUGAAGCACGCAAACUAUCACGUGUUUUGCGCUGCUUAUGCUCGAUUCAUAUUUUUCAACAGGUUGGGCACGAUACUUUCGCCAACAACCGGAUCUCUGCCGCACUGGUGGAUAACGAACCGCUCCGCGCAUAUAUACUGCUCUUCGGCCUUGACCUCUACAGCGCAUCCGACCAGCUUCCUCGAUUCCUCAACGAUCCCGUGCUGGGUUCGUCGUACAAAGUCGAAGAAACGGCAUUCCAGGCGGCUGCAAACACCUCGAAGCCCAGAUGGGAAUGGCUCGAGGAGAAAACGACGGUGAAGAAGCUUCGAGAUGGAGACUGCGGCUCUGACGGGGCACCUAGCGCUUACCCCGGUCCGUUUGGAGCGGAGCUCGACAAGGCCAUUGCGGGAAAGGCGGACGACGAAGUGGUGCCUCGGCCUGAGCAUGCAGUUUUUGGUCUUGCCAUGCUGGGUGGAGGAAGGUCCCCGCGUAAAGACUACCCAUGGGACAGGCUUGGCUCCGCGACCGUUGUAGACGUCGGCGGCGGCGUAGGCGGAUUCUGCCUGCAGCUCUCGCAUCUCUACCCGGACCUCAAGUUCGUCGUCCAGGACCGCGCUCCCGUCCUCCAGCAAGCCGAAACCUUCGUCUGGCCGAAGGAAAACCCUACGGCCUUAAGCCAGGGCCGCGUUACCUUUACCCCGCACGACUUCUUCUCCGAUAAUCCGGUUAAAGGAGCCGAAGUGUAUUGGCUCCGGUACAUCAUUCAUGACUGGUCCGACGAGUAUUGCGUGAAGAUUCUUUCCGCCAUAAGGGCUAGCAUGGGUCCCAAGUCGAGGAUUCUCAUCUGCGAUCAAGUUAUGAACACCACUCUAGGCACGCCAGAGCUGCCUCCGGCCCCUAGUCCGUUGCCAGCGAAUUGGGGGUAUUACACGAGAUACUCACACCAGCGCGACUUGGCCAUGAUGUCCAUUAUCAAUGGCAUCGAGCGCACCCCGGCAGAGUUCCGCAGCAUUGUAGAAAAGGCUGGUCUGAAGCUUCGCAAGAUCUGGGACUGCAGGAGCCAAGUCUCGUUGGUGGAGGUUGUUCUCCCUGACUCGGAGCUCCUAUCCUCGGAGCUCAAUGGUUCCAUGCCAAAGACGGUGGUUUAA